AUGCCUGAAUUCAAGAAGAUUUCCCGCGCAGACCUAUACAAUUCCGAGUCAGGAUCAGAGCACUGCAACAGCGAGGAUAAGUUCGUGUUACCAAAGAUAGAAUUUGAGUUUGUCGAAACCAAUGUGGAAGAAUCUCUCACUUCGCAAGCUGUCGUCGAAGAAAACCUGGAUGUGGAGGAAGAAAACGGCGAAUUCGACUUUCCUCUUUUUGCUCCCUCCACGGCACCAAAGGAAUCCAAAGCCGAAGAUGGCUUAGAAGAGAGAGGAAGAGCAAAGGUUCAGAAGAUUACGCUAAGAGAGCAUUCUGUCGAUGUGGUUAUCAACGAGAGGCCUACUUCCUAUUACAGGGCCAUAUACACAGAAAGCGAUAAGGACAGUUUCGCCAAUGUUGCCGUUUCAGGUGAGCAAAUCUUCACCUCUUCCGCAGUUGCUUAUCCGGACCCAUGUCCCUGGAAAAUUCUUGAUUUGUUAGCCUUCAAUGCUAACGUUGAAAAGGAACUGAAGAGGAGGCUAAAUUCUAAGCGAAUUAGCAGACCAGGGCAGAAGAAGAGAGCGGGCAUAAUCCAGUCGAAAGAGAGAAAAGCCCAGAGGGUUAAAUUUGCGAAAGAAGUCGCUAAGCUUGAGCUAGAAAAGUUGCAAAAGAAGAUCAACCGUAAGAGAGGCGGUAAAAAGCAUAAGAGGACUGGGGGCGCGCCUAUUGCGAAGAGUGCUGUAAAGCCGAAGGGUAAAGCUUCCGGGAAGCCAAAAGCUUCUGAUCCGGCAAAGCCAAAAUACAGAACUCAAGCCUAG